AUGGCCGAGGAUACGUCGGAGCCGGCGCCGGUGCCGGACCCGAGCCACUGGGACAAGCACCGGAAGCUGCCCAUCUUCAUGGACGAGCUGAAGCGCAUGAAGCGCGAGCUCGAGGCGGAGAACAAGGCCAAGCGCCUCGCGAAGGAGCGCAAGGAGGCCGCGGAGGUCGCGGCCAAGGCGGCGGCGCGGCUCGAGGCCGAGGCGAAGCUGCGGAACGCGCGCUGGGAGAUCGACCUGAGCGACGCGGCGGCCAUGGAGGAGUUCGCCGCGGACCUCGCGGACGGCCUCGAGCGCGACCCGAUCAUCGCGCGCGCGCUCGAGCAGGGCCUGAGCCUGCGGGACUACUCCGUCGAGGUCGAGAAGGAGCUCGAGGUGCUGGAGCAGGCGAGCGUCGACGAGUACGCCGCCGAGGCGCCGGAGCUCGUCGCGCUCUACGCCAAGUUCAAGGAGGCGGACCAAGGGCUCGAGAAGCUCCAGAAGCAGUUCGAGUACUACCGGAACCGGCUCGACGGCGUCUCCGGCGAGAUCGGGAAGCUCCAGGAGCUCUGCAACCACGCGGACCUGCAGAUCAAGAACCGCGAGGCCGCGCGGUCGCGGCUCCGCGCGUACCUCGACGCGGCGGCGCCGCUGCCCGACGACGCCGCGGCCGUCUUCGAGGGCGGCGCCGUCGACGAGCGCUUCGGCGAGUGCUGCGCGCGCCUCGGGCGGCGCCUCGCGUCGCUGGCGCGCCCGGACGCGACGCUCGGCGUCGCCGCGGAGGACCUCGCGGGCGCGCGCGACGAGCGCGCGGAGCUCGACCGGCUCGCGAGGCUCGUCGCCGCGCGCGCCCGGGCCCACUUCCUCGGCCUCGUCGACGAGAUCAGGGCCGUGUCCGCGCCCCAGCCCAUGUUCGCGUCGAAGAAGGCGGACCCGGCCAAGGUCAGGGCGGAGCAGGACGCGCUCCGCCGCGAGGGCCUGCUCCGGGGCGGCGACGUCAUGGCGUUCCUCUGGGCCCACGACCGGCCCACGUUCCUGGAGAUCCGGGCCGCCUACGUCGACGGCAUGGGCCGGACCCUGGUGGGCCUCCUCAAGGCGCACGAGGUCCUGCUCGCGAAGCACGAGCUCAAGGUCGCGGACCGGCACGACCUCAUCGCCGUCGACGAGCGGGCCGUGCGGUCGUCGCUGACGUCGCGCGUGUCGCUGUCGAAGCGCGGCGACGGCUUCAGCCUCGGCGACCGGGGCAAGGUGCUCGACGCGUGGGCCUCGGGCGCGCUCGCGUUCGGCGAGGGGACCAAGGCCGACCCGGCCGCGCGCGUGCCCCUCGAGGAGUGCGUGCGGUCCACGCUGAAGAUCUUCGUGGACAUGGCGACGUGCGAGAAGUACGUCGUCCACGUGUUCCUGCGCGGCGGCGACGCGCCGGACCGCGGCGACGCCGGCGACGGCGCGUGCGCCGCCGUGCUCGAGCGGGGCGCGAGGGCGACGCUGGACUACUUCGAGGCGCGGACGGCGUCGUGCCACGACGCCGUCGCGCUGCUGCUGGGCGCGCAGCUCCUGCGGCGCGCGCGGCACCUCGCGCGCGCGCGCCAGCUCGACGUGCUCGACGACUUCCUCGGCGCGUGCGACGCCGUCUUCUGGACCCGCCUCGCCCGGGUCGUCCGCGCCAACCUGGAGAGCGUCCAGGCCGCGACGGCGGAGACCGUCAAGGUCGGCGGCUCGACGGCGCCGCACUUCGCGACGCGGCGCUUCGCGGAGCUCGUCGCCGCGAUUCUGGGCGUCUUCGCCGAGGGCGCGGGCGACGACGCCGCGGACGCCUACGACGGCGGGCCGGACCACGCCGCGCGGACGUCGGCGCUUCUCGCGGACGCGGCCGUGCUCCGCGAGGAGAUGACGGAGCUCCUCGGCCGGCUCGCCGCGUCGUUCCCGGCCGCCGUCGACCGCGCCGUCUUCAAGGUCAACAACUACGACAUGAUCCUCCAGGUGCUCGCGGAGCGCAAGCUCGCGGGCGGCGAGGCGCACGCGCGGUUCUCGCGCUACCUCGCCGCGGAGCGCGAGGCCUUCGUGGACCUCGCGCUCAAGGGCACCGUCGUCGGCGACCUCGUCGACUUCGUCGCGGCGACGGACCGCGACGCCAAGAGCCUGGACCGCGGCGAGAGCCUGGACCUCGACGAGCACGCCUUCGAGCGCGUCGGCCUCAAGUUCUCCGCGGGCUGGGCCGCGGUCGUCAAGGACGUCAACGCGGCCGUGCUCGCGAGCUUCUCGAGCUUCGUCAACGGCAUGGACAUCCUGAAGAUCGCGCUCACGCGGCUCCUCGCGAGCUACACGCGCUACCUCGACAUCCUCCGCGUCGCGUGGCGGCGACCGCCGGCCUUUUGCAAGGAGCUCGUGCCCCUCACGGACAUCCACGUCGAGAUCCGCGACGUGUCCCACUCCAACCGCCGAGACGACGCGAUGGAGGCGCUCGAGCGCAUCUACGCGCGGCUGCGCGGCACGCCCGAGGUCGUCGUGCCGCUGUCGUGGGGCGCGCUGAGCGGCGGCCUCGCGGCGGCGCACUCCUACGCGUCGAUCUUCCACGGCAGCACGCCGCGCGCGCGCGUCUUCCGCUCCGUCGACGUCGGCGUCGUCGUCUUCGUCCUCUUCGAGAAGUUCGACGUGAACGGGAGCGGCUCCAUCACCUGCGCCGAGGUGCAGAAUGUGCUCAGGGAGCUGGGCGUCGCCGGCGACUACGCGGCCAUGGUGCGGGCCGUGGACGUGAACAACGACGGGACCAUCGACUGGGACGAGUUCCAGGAGAUGAUGAAGUCGAGCGACGGCCUCGGUGCGGUCAUCAAGGAGAAGCGCGCGUCGAUCCUCAACGUGCGCCUCGGCGCGGCGAACUCGCAGCACACGUUCUCGCGCGAGGAGACCGAGGCCUUCACGGAGGUCAUCAACGCGCGCCUCGCGCGCGACGGUCAGCUCGCGUCCGUGCUGCCGCUGGGCGCGGGCGGCGCGGACCCGCCGCUCUUCGCCGCGUGCGCGGACGGCGUGCUGCUCUGCCGCCUCAUCGGCCUCGUCGACGGCGACGCCGUCGACGAGCGCUGCAUCAACUUCGGCGUCCUCGGCAAGGCCGGCGACCGCAAGGCGACCUUCAAGGUCGUCGAGAACUGCAACCUCGCGAUCAACGGCGCCGGACAUCGGCACCGGCCCCACCUGAUCCUCGGCGUGCUCUGGCAGAUCAUCCGCCUCCUCCUCACGGCCAAGAUCUCGCUCAAGGAGCACCCGGAGAUGGCGCGGCUCCUCGAGGGCGACGAGACCCUCACGCAGCUCCUCGCGCUCCCGCCGGAGAAGAUCCUCGUGCGCUGGAUCAACUACCACCUCGCCGCGGCGGGCUCGGACCGCCGCGUGUCCAACCUGGGCAAGGACCUCAAGGACUCCGUCGUCUACGCGACGCUCAUGGCGCAGCUCUACGGGUCCGAGGUCGGGCCCGUGGACGUCGCGCUGCCGUCCCUGGAGGCGCGCGCGGAGCAGGUCCUCGCCAACGCCGUGCGCGUCGGCGUGACGCCCUUCAUCAAGGCCCGCGACGUCGCGAGCGGCAACGCGAAGUUGAAUUUGGCGUUCGUCGCGCAGCUCUUCAACGACCGGCCGGGCCUCGACGCGGUCGAGGAGGCCGUGGCCAAGGAGCUCGCGGACCUCGACCUCGACGACGCGGGCGACACGCGCGAGGCGCGCACGUUCAAGCUCUGGAUCAACUCGCUCGAGGCCUGGGCGGGGCCGAACGCGUCGGACGCGGUGCAGGUCCGCGACCUCUUCCUCGAGUGCUGCAACGGCGUGCCCAUCCUCGCGGCCAUGGACGCCAUCAAGCAGGGCGUCGUGCCCUGGAAGAAGGUGCGCCUCGAGCCGCGGAACCGCCACCACCUCGUCGAGAACGGCAACCACGUCGUCGCCGUCGGCGGCAAGAUGGAUCUCGUGCUCGUCAACAUCGGCGGCGUCGACAUCGCGGACGGCAACAAGAAGCUGAUCCUCGCCGUCAUGUGGCAGCUCAUGCGCCAGCAGACCAUCGACAUGCUGAGCUCCCUCAAGGGCGACGGCACGGCCGUCGCGGAGCCCGAGCUCAUCGCGUGGGCGAACGCCAAGGUCGCGGCGUCGCCGCGGCCGGGCUCGAAGAAGCCCAUCAAGUCCCUCAACGACAAGUACAUCGCCAAGGCGACCUUCCUCCUCGAGCUCUGCGACGCCGUCGGCGGCGGCGUCGUCAACUGGGAGCUCGUGGCGCCCGGCGACGGCGGCGACGACCGCCACUCGAACGCCAAGUACGCGCUCUCCGUCGCGCGCAAGCUCGGCGCGCGCGUCUUCUGCACGCCCGAGGACAUCGUCGAGGUCAAGCCCAAGAUGAUGCUCCUCUUCAUCGCCGCCGUCUGGCAGGCCGAGCUCUCGGGCGCGACGACGGGCGGCGGCCUCGCCAAGGCCGCGUCGCCGGCCAAGGCGGCCCCGCCGACGCCGUCGCCGGCCAAGGCGCCGCCGCCGACGCCGCCGCGCCCGGCCGCGCCGCCCGUGCCCGCGCGCGCGCCGGCGCCGCCGCCCGUGCCGCCGCGCGCGCCGGCGCCGCCGCCGCCGGUGCCCGCCGCGCGCGCCCGCGGGCGACAACACGGACGCGGACCACGUCGUCCAGUACAAGCCCGCCGCGCCGACGCCCUCAACUUCAAGAGCAAGAACGGCACGGGCGAGACGACGGCCGUCGUCGACGGCGACGAGGUCGGCGAGGACGAGUGGUAG